UAACAGCAGCUGCCACUGACUCUGGAUUUCCAGAACGCCCUGAUGCGAUACUUUGGAUUACCAGGAAACCAUUAUGGUUGAAGUAGAAACUUAGGUAUUCUUAGCAUACCUUCGCAGCACAGGAUGGCAAUUGUAGAUUAUCGAUGCACGAGGAUCAAUUAAUUGCCUUACUGCCAGACACGUUGCAGUCUCCACGAGGUAGAGAAUGUCUCAAAGCCAUAGGGCCCGCAUUAUGGGCCUUUCAACCUUCCAUCCUCUCAAUCCGUGAGGUAAAUAUUCCCUUUGACGUUCCCCAUCUUCAUCCUGCCUUCCGAAGAAAUGAUAGGUACCUGCUGGAGAUGACCCCCAAACCGAAGGUGGCCCCGCCAGUCACGGAGGCCGGGACUCUGGACGCGGCGGGGAACCACGUUAAACACCUAAAAACAAAAGCCCCACCACAGCCCGGACCAAGCUCAAGCUUCUCUAUUUUCCUCGCACCGAGCCACCGACCUCAACCCCCCCGGGCCGUAGAUGAGCAAACACCUAGCGCAACCCUCGACGACGUCACUCAAGACGACCACCGACACCUCCUUGCGCUCAACACACGACCACAACAACAGUUGAGAGGGCAUAUUGGCUGAUUUUGCCACAAGUCGGCCACUUGUGAUAUUUGUGUCGCCACUACGAGAACUCCCACGCACCAACACCCUCCUCCCCCCAAUACACAGCACAUUCGCACGCACGCAGGCGAACACGCGCAAUGGCGGAUAGAGGAUCACACAGAGGCGGCGGUCGAGGAGGUGGCGGUGGAAGUGGCUACCGCGGACGUGGAGGCGGAGGAGGAGGACGCGGAGGUGGCGGCGGCGGCGACCGCGGAGGAGCCCAGGGGUCCGGCGGCGACCGUGAGAGGCCCAAGAAGGAGAA